AUGCGUAAAUCCUUAAUCGAUUACUCUGAAGAGAAUCCCUCCCGUAAGGGGUUAUGCGAUUGUUUGACUCCACGUUCAAGAGACAUUAUACUAUCCCCUAUGCAAUAUCCUAACACGAUAGCCGCUGAAACGCAUAAACUAUUAUCUUUUAUGAAAAAUGCCACAGAACAACAAACUCAACCCAUGUGUCUUUUAAUUCAUUCCAAGAGAAAAACGAUACUUAGCUACAAAUUCCCCUAUUUUGGGCCUUCCAAACCGUGUGAAUCCUCUGCGGAAAAAGUGGCAAUUCUAUUGUACCUAUUGCGAUGUAUCCUAGUCAAGUCCAAGCUUGGGGAAAAAAGUACUAUACGGGACAUUUUUUAUCUGAAUGUGGAGCUAUUUCGGAAGCAGCAAGUGGUUUCCGAUUGGCUUCGCAUAAUUCAAGAAGCCUUUGAAUUACCAAGCAGAGACUGUCUUCAAAUAGUGGCGGCUCAAAAGGGACUGUGUCAUACCCCAGUGGCAUUGAUCUGCGAUAAUUCACAUCUUAAUGAAAAUAACACUACGCUUAUACCUUACAUGAAACAAAAUUGUGACGUUAGCACCGAUUGGACCAAGAUCAAACGCGUCAUUGUGCUGGAAAAAGAUGCAAUUUUUAAUAAAUUGAUAAGAACACGCAAAGUUACAUUCGAUACACUAGUGGUUAGCGGGAAGGGUUACCCAGAUUUUCUGACGCGUCUUUUUUUGAAUAGGCUCAUGAAUAGUGCGCCGUCCAGUGUUUUGUUUGAAAUAUUUGUCGAUAGCGAUCCCUACGGUAUCGACAUUGCCACGAAAUACACUUGCAACUUGGAUAACAGAUUCUACGAAUGUCCAAGACUAAGAUAUCGAGGGGUUUUCAUUCAUGAACUGCUUGCAAAUUCCGUGAAUAUUACGGGGUUGCAAUUGUUGCCAUUGACUUUGAGAGAUGCAGUGUACGCAAGGAAUUUACUGAAAAAAUUAGCAACGAAAAACCUUGAAAAUUGGAAUACCACGCACUUUACUAGAGAAUUACAAAGGCAGCUUUUCUUUUGUAAGAAAGCAGAGAUGAAUACCGUCGCCAAUUGUACGUUCGAGGAUUAUUUCCUCGAAAGAAAAAAUAAAUUGGGGCGAGCUGGGAAUUGA